UCCAGAGAAUUAGGGUCCAGGAGUGAAGCCCAAUUGAAAUGUGCUAAAAUAUUGACCCAAGAGAAGUUACGUGGCGGUGGAUCGCUUAAGAGCAAAUCUAUAAAGCCCAAAACUGAAUAUAAGUCGAUGAAAGCCCAAAUUCAGAAACCGAAACUCUCCAAAUUUUCUUGAUUUCGUCAUAUCUAACGCCAACUGCAGUGUCUAUAUUUUGUUGAAAAUUUGUGUGCCAUGUUGAUCAUUGGCAACUGGUACACGAAAUGCUUAAAAGAACCAACGGGCUCUGUAGUUAACCGUACUUCACAGUUCAGUUCUGCGGAGGAUAGAACCGUGCUUCUGGAGAAGAGGGAGCCGGCAGAGUUGAUACGCUGUUGGGUUGUUGCAGUUCCUAUACGUAUAUGAUUGUUAUGACCCUUUGGAUCCAAAUGGAAAUAUUACGGUUACCUUUGAUAUACUUAAGUAUACACUUGAUGGCUAUGCGGCAAGAGUAACCAUCCAAAACUACUACCAGUAUCGCCAUGCGGAGAAACCAGGUUGGAAAUUAGGAUGGACAUGGGCCAAAGAUGAGGUUAUUUGGUCAAUGUCUGGUGCUUUUGCUAUCCAACGAGGAAAUUGUUCAUCCUUCAAAUACGAGGUACCACAUUCUUGCAAGCCAGACCCUGUGAUCGUUGAUCUGAUGCCAGAUGCAAUGCCGCGAAACAGAUGUGAUGGUUGCUGCCGUGGUGGCAUCCUUGCUUCGUGGGCCAUUGACCCAUCCAUGUCUUACUCAUCCUUUGAGAUUGUAGUUGGCAAUUUGGAGCAGAAUUCUACAGGAUACAAACCUCUGAAUCUUACCCUAUUGGCUCCUGGACCUGGUUACACUUGUGGUCCAGUUAGGGACACUAGUCCUACAGUUUUCUCAGUUAUUGGGGGAAGAAGAGAAGAGGAAGUCUUCAGAACAUGGAAAUCGACAUGCACAUAUUCCAGCUAUUUAGCUAGCAAAACACCAGUUUGUUGUGUUUCACUUUCAACAUUUUACAAUCCUACCAUCACGUCAUGCCCUUCUUGCAGCUGUGGAUGUCGAGUAGCAGAUCAGUUUGCAACCUCAUGCAUUAGAGAAGGUGUUAUUCCAUCAAAUUUGCUCAAUGCUGAUCUGGUUCGAUGCACUGAUCAUAUGUGCCCUCUUCGCAUUCACUGGCAUAUUAAAAGCAAUUAUAUCACUCAUUGGAGAGUUAAAUUGACUGUCUCUAACUACAACUAUGGAAGAAAUUACUCAAACUGGAAUGUUUUGGUUCAACAUCCUGGGUUUGGACAGCCUUCUGCUGCAUUCAGCUUUAACAGUACAAUGCUUCCAACUACCGGUGUCCCAGAAGAUGUAGCUCUCUUCUGGGGAAAAGCCUUCAACAACACAGAACUCUUGCAAGCUGAUCAGUAUCAAGUGGGAUCGGUGACUACAGAGAUACUUCUGCAAAAAGAUUCAGGUUCAUUUACUCUGAGUAAUGGGUGGGCUCUUCCUAGAAAAAUAUAUUUCAAUGGUGAGAAUUGUCAGAUGCCCCUUCCAGACGCUUUCCCGAUGCUACCAAAUGGCAGCCUGAGUCGAGUGCCUUGUCGUCUCCAGUUUCUUCUUCUAAUUGCAGUUUACUUGCUGACAGAAUCUUUGUUGGGUUAUGAUAUACAUUUCAUCCUACAGCCCUUCAACCUUUAAAACCAUUGGUUCUUGACAUGCUUGAAAAUCAUAUGUAAAUAAAAGUUUAUCCAUUUGUAAAGAGUUGGAUUUCUCUCUUAGAUUGUGAAUGGUGUUUGAUGUUGCUCUGUGCCCAUCAACAGAAUUAGGAUAACCAGUUCACCUUUCUCUUGACUUCUGAAGAAGGCAUUGUAACAUGCAGUAUCUUGUAUGUAAGAAAUUUAAUCUCUCUCCAUUAAAAAAGAAAAGGUGGAGAUAAAGAAUUCAG